UGAGUUCCUGAAGCUAUUCCUAUAUAUUUACCAUCCUGCGGCUGUAUACGAUCACGAUGAUGCCCGUAGUCUCUAGAUUUAGAGGAUGGGCUCUCGUGGAAAGUAAAUAGGUAACAUAAAUAGACAUUUUAUUGGUUUCAGAACUACCAUUUCUCAACAAGAACAUCCUCACUUGUGAAAAGCAAUAUCCGUCACACCACAAUUACAGAAAUAACUCCAUUAAAUUAAUUUUCUACCAAAGCACGAUGCAAAAAAAACCGCCUGGGGCACCCUGUCCUCAACGCUUCCGCGAUGCCAUUGCCGAUGAGCACAUCUACUUGGUGAAUAAAAGAUAUCACAAGGGAAUUACCAAAAUCCAGAAUACGCAAUUGGACUUGGAAAGACAGGAAACCACACAAAGGCUUUCUAAUAAUUCGGCAGACGCGCAAUGGACUCCUUCAUCAGAAAUGUCUGACCCUGCUUCCGAAGCUUCCGAGGGCUCAGCUUCCGGAGGGGACAAAGAUGACCAUGGUCACUUAACUCUCUCUGAUCCUAUAGAAUCUGCAGGCAAGUGCAUUGAAAGAAUAGCGCAUUGCGAGGAAAAUUCGAGCACCGCGCCGGCUCCAUCCAGCAUAAACAAUGGUGACUUUCUGAAAACGGAUAAGCGAAUUCAGGAUGAGGAGAUGUCUUUUUGGGCGAAUUAGAUCUACCCACGGUAUGAUUGACGGUUAGAUGUAGCGCAAAUUGAAAUUUUCAAAUUGGUACUGUACGCAGUUUGGGAAGAGCUUGUUUGAGGUUCUAGAGGAGAUUAACGAAAAAAAAAACACACGAAUGAACCUUCCAUUGCCUAGGGUUUUUGUUGAUAAUUUGUAGAAUAUUGUGAGAUUGCUUUAGAGGCUACUUUAUAUCAUGAUUGUAUAUUGUAGCAUUGUAAUUGGCUCGUUAUUGAGGAUAAUUUC